AUGGGUUUACAAGAUAAUAACAAUAAUAAUCCAAACAACAACAACAACAACAACAACAACACUAUCAAGAGUAAUAAUGAAGUAGUUGUAGGAGCUGGAGAUGGAGAGGUAUUUACUACAGCCUCACCUCAACAACUUUCACCUCAACAACAAACGAGUGACAUUGAACAACCAUCAUCAUUGUAUCAUCAAUACCCUUCAGUUGUAGGUGGAGACAAUGAUGAAAUUCCAUUCUAUACUCCACAACAGCAACAACAAAUGAAUGGUAAUGGACAACAACAACAAUACCAAUUACCAAACCAACAACAACAACAACAACAACAACAACAACAACAACAACAACAACAACAACAACAACAACCAGCAAGAGAGGUACUAUCAUACAAUGUGAGUGGAACUAGUCCAAGCAACUACCCAUUCUAUCCAUCUGUACCAGGUUCAUCCCCACCAAAUAUCAAUCAUGUACCACAACACCAACAACAACAACAACAACAACAAGCAUUGGAUCCAAAACAACAAGCACAAUUACAAUACCAACAACAAUUACAACAACAACAACAACAACAAUUCUCACAACAACCACCACCACCAUAUGUUGCUCCACAACAACAAUCUCCACCAUCAUAUAUUGGAGGACAAUUUGCCUCACCUCCACAAGCCAUCUAUCAACCAUUACCACAACAACAAAUUAAAUCACCAUACCAUAAUGUAAAUAUUGUCUACCAAACAACUCCACAACCUGCCAUUUUACCUCCAAUUUUAAUUCCAAUCGAUUCUGAAAUGUAUCCAUGUUGGGGUCCUGAUAUUUUUUUAAAUGAUCCAAAAUGUCCACAAUAUGCAAUUGGUACAUUACCAAAUGAUGAAUGUCAUUUGAUUAAAGAGAAAUGUCAAAACUUGAUGAAUAUCUAUGUUAACCAAAACCAUCAUCACAAUGUCGAUGAUACACUAUUGGCAUCGUUUAUGGAUUGUAAAUCGUUAGAGUAUUUGAAUCUCAGUAGUUGCACCAACUUUAGUAAUGAAAUGUUUAUAAAGGUGAUUACCAAGUUGCCAAAACUUAGAUCGAUCAAUCUCAACAAGUGUACACACUUGAAUGAUGCAUCCAUCAAGGCAAUGGUUAGAAAUUGUUCAAAUCUCGAAGAGAUUCAUCUCAACGGUUGCUACCAAUUGACUGAUGACUCUGUCGCUACUAUUGCCGACAAGUGCAAGAAUAUGCGUACUCUUUCGCUGAGUGGUUGUACUCGUAUUACCAACCGAUCCAUUAUCAAUAUUGCCAAACGUCUAUCAAAGUUGGAAGCACUUUGUCUCAAUGGCAUCAAGUUUAUCAAUGAUUUUGGAUUCACCGAGCUCAAGGUACUCAACCUUAGUUCGUUUUACGCUUACAAUACACUUAUUACCGAUAAUUCAGUUUCAGAAUUGGUACUGAAAUGGAAGAAUCUCGAAGUGUUGAAUCUUGCAAAGUGUAUCUUUAUCUCGGAUGUUUCCAUUUCGACACUUGCUUUGCAUUGUCCAAAGUUGCAGAAACUGUUCCUCCAACAGUGUAAGCGUGUCACCUCACAGUCUAUCCUCUUGGUCACCCAGAGAUGUAGUAUGUUGCGUGUGAUCCGUCUUGACGGUUGUUCUAAUAUCACCGAUGAAGCUGUCGAGCGUCUCGAGGCACUCAAGAGCCUUCAAGUGCUCAAUCUUAGCCAAGUCACCAAGAUCAAUGAAAUGUCCAUUAUCAAGGUGAUUGGCUCGUUGCCACAGCUCGACUCUCUCUACCUCUACUCGAACCCACGUGUCUCGGACCUCACCCUCACCCAGAUUGCCUCGUCGCUACCUAACCUCAAGAACCUGCGUAUUGACCAAUCAGUCUUCCCAGGUGGUGACAGUGCCCUCUCUUCGCUCGUUCACCAGUGUCGAUCUCUGCGUAUGCUCAACUUGUCAUACCUUGACCAAGUCAGCAACCAGUCGAUCGCCAUCAUUGCCAAGGAACUACCAUACCUCCAAAAACUCUAUCUCACUGGUUGCAAGGGUAUCUCUGACGAUGCACUCACUUCUGUCUCGUCAAUCCAAACACUUGAAGUAUUGCGUAUCGAUGGUGGAUUCCAGUUUAGUGAAAACGCAAUGUCCAACCUUGCCAAGCUCAUCAACUUGACCUCUCUCAACAUUAGCGGAUGCACUCAUACCACCGACCAUGUCAUUGACCUGCUCAUUUGCUAUUGUCGCCAACUCACUCAACUCUAUUGCUCCAACUUGCCAUUGAUCACCGAUAAGGUCAUCCCACCCAUGCUUGUUAGCUUGGUCAACCUCAAGUUGUUGCGUGUCGACGGGUGUCCCAAUAUCUCGGACCGCUCCCUCAACGGUCUUCGUUUUAGCAAGAUUCUCUACCUCGAGACAUUCAACUGCUCGGGUACCUCGAUCAGCGACCAAGGCAUCUUUUCCAUUCUCUCACACUGUGCCAUCCGUGAACUCUACAUGUGGGGUUGUGAUUUAAUAUCCGACGAGGGUCUUCGUCUCAUUACACCCUAUCUCCAGAAUCUCGAGGUGCUUCGUGUCGACCAAUGCCACAAGAUCACCGACAAGGGUAUUCGUGUGGUACUCAUCAAGACUGCCAUCCUCAAUACACUCAACAUUAGUGGAACACAACUCUCUGACGACACUCUUUCCAACGUUGCAGCCUACAACAAGCUACUCAAAAAGUUGAUUUGCAACAACUGUCCAAAGAUUAGUGACAAGGGAAUCGGCGCCGUCUCUAUGCAAUGCACCAUGCUCAAGAUGCUAGAGUGUGCCAAGAACACUCGUAUCACAGAUACUGCCCUCAUUGAAUUGUCGACACGCAGCAAGUACCUCAAAAAGAUCAACUUUUCCUCUUGUCCCAAGAUUUCAAACACUGGUUUUAUCAAGCUCAGUGUUGGAUGUCCACUACUCAAGCAGGUCAACAUCCACGAAACCUUUAUUGGUGAAGUAGGUAUUCUCGCCCUAUCCACCUAUUGUAAAAACAUUAUUUCUCUCAACGUCUCGAAUUGCUCGCUCGUCUCUGAUCUCAGUAUCAUUGGUAUUGGCAGAGAAUGUACCAAUUUGAAAUACCUAAACGCCAGUUUUACAAGCAUUGGAGAUGGUGCGGUCAUCGAGGUUGCUGUUCGUUCAAACAUUAAUCUAGAGACUCUUGAAAUUAGAAAUACAAAUGUUUCCGAUGCCGGUCUCCAAAUGGUUGCCAACAUGUGUCCUUCUCUUCGUGUCCUAGAUAUCUUUUCCUGUAAAUGGACUGCUCAAUCAACUCAUGCCAUUUCAAAUUCUUGUAGAUUAUUAAAAGAUUUUAAAUAUUAA